CAGAUUGUUGAUCGCUUGAAAACAAAAUUGCAGGAGAAGGGUGAUACUUCACAGAAUGAGAAGCUGUCUAUGUUCUAUGAGACUCUCAGGAGUCCUCUCUUUAACCAGAUACUGACACUUCAGCAGUCCAUCAAGCAACUGAAGGGGCAACUCAGCCACAUACCUUCGGAUUGUUCAACCAACUUUGAAUUUUCUAGAAAAGGGUUUUUGGUGUUUAUAGAUGGUUCCAUUACUAAUGGGAGUGCCCAGCGGCCAAGUAAUAACUUGGCUGCAUCUGGGUUAUUUCCCUGGGUAUCAAAAUUGGGAAAUGAAGACUUCAACUCAAUUAUUCAACAGAUGGCUCAGGGCCGGCAGAUUGAAUAUAUAGAGAUAGAACGACCUUCAAGUGGAGGCCUUGGGUUCAGUGUGGUGGCCCUUCGCAGUUCAAGUGUGGGAGAAGUUUCUAUCUUUGUGAAGGAAGUACAGCCAGGGAGUAUAGCAGACAGGGAUCAACGACUGAGGGAAAAUGACCAAAUAUUGGCCAUUAAUCACACACCAUUGGAUCAGAACGUUUCCCAUCAGCAAGCAAUCGCAUUAUUACAACAAACCACUGGAUCUUUGUGCUUGGUUGUGGCCAGGAACCCAAUCCACACACAGAGUGGUCCUGCCACCAGCCCAAAUAAUACAGCGCUCCCUGAAACAGUUUGCUGGGGUCAUGUUCAAGAUGUUGAGCUUGUUAAUGAUGGAUCUGGUUUGGGUUUUGGAAUCGUUGGAGGAAAAUCUAGUGGAGUGGUUGUGAGGACGAUAGUUCCUGGAGGAUUAGCAGAUCGGGAUGGAAGACUCCAAACAGGGGACCACAUCUUAAAGAUUGGUGGCACGAAUGUGCAGGGAAUGACGAGUGAGCAGGUUGCACAAGUGCUGAGGAACUGUGGGAACUCAGUCAAGAUGGUUGUGGCCAGAGACCCGAUUGGUGAAAUUUCAGUAACACCUCCUACUCCUACAGCUUUACCUGUUGCCCUGCCUGUUCAAACCAACAGGAGCCCUGGUUUUGACAAUUCCCUCUAUGAAACAUAUGAUGUUGAACUCAUUAAGAAGGAUGGACAGAGUCUUGGGAUUAGAAUUGUCGGCUAUGUCGGAACCUCUCAUACAGGGGAAGCUUCAGGGAUAUAUGUGAAAAGUAUAAUACCUGACAGCGCUGCAUACCACAAUGGGCAAAUCCAAGAGAAUGACAAAAUAGUGGCUGUUGAUGGUGUGAAUAUCCAAGAUUUUACCAAUCAAGAUGUUGUUGAAGUAUUGCGAAAUACGGGGCAGGUGGUACACCUAACCCUGCUUCGAAAAAAGAGAGUCUUACCCAGUUCUUCACUUGAGCAACCUUCACAUAGAGAGACAGUUGUAGAACCACCUAAAACACCAGCCCUCUUUCUGACUGGAGCAGUUGAAACAGAAACUGAUUUGGAUGAUGAAGAUGAGAAGAUUGAAGAAAGAACAAAUAAUCAAAAAAAGGACAAUAUGCAAGUCAGAGAAAAACUGGAAACAAUCCCAGGCUCUCCAGAAAAUGAACUGAAAUCCAGAUGGGAAAAUCUGCUGGGCCCCGAUUAUGAAGUAAUGGUUGCCACUUUGGACACACAGAUAACAGAUGAUGCUGAGUUACAGAAAUAUUCCAAGCUGCUGCCUAUUCACACUCUGAGGCUUGGUGUGGAAGUGGAUUCCUUUGAUGGGCACCAUUACAUCUCGUCCAUUGUUCCAGGUGGCCUUGUUGCUACACUGAGUCUUUUACAGCCCGAGGAUGAGCUGCUUGAGGUCAAUGGUGUACAACUCUUAGGAAAAUCUCGCCGAGAAGCAGUCUCCUUCCUCAAAGAAGUGCCACCCCCCUUUACCUUGGUUUGUUGUCGAAGGUUGUUUGAUGAUGAUGAGGCUUCUGUAGAUGAACCAAGGACCACUGAGCCCUCACUUCCUGAGCCAGAGGUAGACCACAAUAUAGACAUCAAUUCUGAAGAUGAUGAUGGAGAAUUAGCACUGUGGUCUCCUGAAGUUAAAAUUGUUGAGCUGGUAAAAGAUGACAAAGGCUUGGGAUUCAGCAUUUUGGAUUACCAGGAUCCCUUAGAUUCCACGAGAUCAGUGAUUGUGAUUCGCUCUCUGGUGGCGGAUGGUGUGGCGGAAAGAGGUGGAGAGCUUUUACCUGGAGACCGCUUAGUUUCAGUCAAUGAACACUGUUUGGACAACACUGUGCUUGCUGAAGCUGUGGAAGUUUUGAAAGCUGUGCCACCAGGAACUGUACGCCUUGGCAUCUGUAAACCUUUGGUGGAAGAUAAUAUUAAAGAAGAAGGUAAUUCUAAUUUACAUUCAAGCAGUAAUGAAGACAUAGUUACAUUUUCAGGACCUACUGAUGAUUCACUUUUGAUACUUGAAGCACCCAAGGAAUUUAGAGAUGAACCAUUUUUUAAAGAAGAACUUGUGGAUGAACCAUAUCUAGAUUUAGGCAACUCUUUCCAAUCUCAACAAGAAGAGAUUAACAGCAAUAAAGAGGCCUGGGAGAUGCAUGAAUUUUUGCCUCCAAGCUUGCAGGAAAUGGGUGAAGAAAGAGAAAUGCUUGUUGAUGAAGAAUAUGAGAUGUUUCAGAAUCAUCUGAAGUCUAUGGAGAUGUAUUCCGCAUCACAUGUUCAAGAAGCCUCUCCUGCACCCUCCAUGGAGGAGCUUCAUUUUGUGAGUCACUGGGUACAUGACAAUGAACCAACUCAACCUCAAGAAGCAAGAGCUGUGAUGAGUCUGUAUGCGCAGGAGACUCAGCAGUAUGGUUAUAAUGCUGAAAAUCUGAUGAAAGAAAAUUUUGGCAUCGAUUCUCUACCUUCCAUAACCUCAACUGAAGGCAACAGUCAACAAGGCAGAUUUGAUGAUCUGGAAAAUCUUAAUUCAUUAACUGAAAGCAAUCUGGAUUUAGACAUGAUGAUUCCAAAUGACACUCAGGGGUCUAGCUUGCAUGUUGACAUUCCUGCUGUGACUCAAAGAAGGGAUCAAGAAGAAUUGCCUCUAUACCAACUCCCAAGGACCCAAGUUGUUUCAAAAGCUUCAGCACAUACAGGAAUGUUAUCUUCUAGAUAUGCAACUAGUCCAUGUGAGUUACCAGAGAGAGAAGAAGGUGAAGGAGAAGAAACUCCAAACUUCAGCCACUGGGGCCCACCAAGAAUUGUUGAGAUUUUUAGAGAACCUGAUGUAUCUCUUGGAAUCAGUAUAGUUGGUGGACAAACUGUUAUAAAACGCCUAAAGAAUGGAGAGGAACUUAAAGGGAUAUUUAUCAAACAAGUUUUAGAAGACAGUCCAGCAGGAAGAACCAACGCUCUUAAAACUGGAGAUAAAAUACUUGAGGUGUCUGGAGUAGAUCUGCAGAAUGCCUCACAUGGAGAAGCUGUGGAAGCCAUUAAGAACGCAGGGAAUCCUGUGGUGUUUGUUGUACAGAGCUUGUCACCUACUCCAAGAGUAAAAAUACCUAAUGUAAAAAAUAAAAUAAACAAAAUUGUCAGUAACCAGAACCCAGACAACCAAGAGAAAAAACAAAAGAGGCAAGGAACUGCUCCACCACCAAUGAAACUGCCCCCACCUUACAAAGCGCCGUCCGAGGAUGGUAAUGAGGAUGAAGAAGAGUGUGCACUUACUGACAAAAAAAUCAGGCAAAGGUAUGCAGACUUGCCUGGAGAAUUGCACAUUAUUGAACUUGAAAAGGAUAAGAAUGGACUUGGACUCAGCCUUGCUGGUAAUAAAGACAGGUCACGCAUGAGCAUAUUUGUGGUGGGAAUUAACCCAGAAGGACCUGUGGCCACUGAUGGAAGAAUGCGCAUUGGAGAUGAACUUCUGGAGAUAAACAAUUACAUCCUAUAUGGAAGAAGUCACCAAAAUGCAUCUGCCAUCAUUAAGACUGCUCCAUCAAAAGUGAAGUUGGUUUUCAUUAGAAAUCAAGAUGCAGUCAAUCAGAUGGCUGUUGCUCCUUUCCCGUUACCAUCAAGUUCUCCAUCUUCUGUUGAGGAUCAGAGUGGCACUGAACCAGUUAGUAAUGAGGAAGAUUACAGUCAUGAAGUUGGUAUUAAACCAUUGCCUGAAAGUGACAAUUCAAAACUGGCUGCCAGUGAAAUGAAACAACAAAGAUAUUCAAAGAAAGGCCUCUUUAGUUCAAUACCUUCUACACAAACACCAUCGUUGAUUUCAGCAGAUGAAGACACCACAGGCUUGGAUGAUUUCCAGGCUCCUCUGUCAGUGGAUCCUGCGACAUGCCCCAUCAUCCCUGGCCAGGAAAUGAUUAUAGAAAUAGCCAAAGGACGCUCAGGCCUUGGUCUCAGCAUUGUGGGAGGAAGAGACACACCCCUGGCUGCUAUAGUGAUACAUGAAGUCUAUGAAGAAGGAGCAGCAGCCAGAGAUGGAAGACUUUGGGCUAGUGACCAAAUACUGGAGGUUAACGGGGUUGAUCUAAGGAAUGCCAGCCACGAGGAGGCCAUCACAGCCCUGCGGCAGACUCCCCAGAAGGUGCAGCUGGUGGUGUUCAGAGACGAGGCGCACUACAGGGAUGAGGAGAACUUGGACAUUUUUCCUGUGGAUCUGCAGAAGAAAGCUGGCCGAGGACUGGGCCUGAGCAUCGUUGGGAAACGAAGUGGAAGUGGCGUCUUUAUUUCUGACAUCGUCAAAGGUGGAGCUGCAGACCUUGAUGGAAGAUUGAUUCAGGGUGAUCAGAUAUUAUCUGUGAAUGGAGAGGACAUGAGAAGUGCCUCACAGGAGACAGUGGCCACUGUCCUAAAGUGUGCUCAGGGCCUCGUACAGUUAGAGAUUGGUAGACUCCAAGCUGGUUCCUGGCCCUCCUCCAGGAAGACAUCACACACGAGCCAGGGGAGUCAGCCCAGCACACACAACUUCUUUAUUCCUUCGAUCACACCUUGUAUCACCAGUCUACAGAGCCUGGUCGGCCCUAAGAGAGCUUCCAGCCCUUCCUCCCAAAAUUCAGGCACAGAUACAGGCCCACGGACUGUUGAGAUAAUCAGAGACGUCAAUGAUGCCCUUGGAAUCAGUAUUGCUGGAGGAAAAGGAAGUCCCCUAGGAGAGAUCCCUAUAUUUAUUGCCAUGAUUCAGGCCAGUGGAGUGGCAGCACGUACGCAGAAGCUUAAGGUUGGAGACCGGAUUGUCAGCAUUAAUGGGCAACCUUUGGAUGGGCUGUCUCACGGGGACGUGGUUAAUCUACUGAAGAACGCCUAUGGGCGCAUUAUCCUGCAGGUGGUAGCAGAUACCAAUAUCAGCGCCAUAGCAUCUCAACUUGAAAGCAUGUCUACUGGCUGUCAUCCUGCUUUACCCAGUGCUGACCACCAUCCAGAAGACACAGAGUGA